GAAACAGAUAAAAGCCAUGCAAAGUCGGUAAAUUUAAAGACUCAGGAACAACAGAAAGCACGUAUAUUUAAAGCUCAACCGCUCCCAAGUGAUUCUCCGGAUCCUUUACCUCCAGCUCGUACUAUACCCACAACAAAGUCAAAACCAUUUAAAUUGGAAACUGAUGCACGAGGAGAGAAAUAUCAACAACAAUUGCACCAGGAACUUACCAAGAUGAAACGACGCGAUAAGGAGAAUCAUAUAUUUCAUGCAAAACCAGCACCUAAAUUCCCAACAACACAAGUCAAAAAGCCGAGUAAGCCACCCACAGUACCUGUUAGUUUUGUUUUCCAAACCGAUACACGCAUGAAGGAACGUAAAGCCUAUGAUCAGCAAAGAAAACUGCGGGAUCAAAUGGAGAAUAUACUUAGGGAAAAGAAACGUGAUGUACGGCACAUGUGA